ACGAAAAAAUGGGUUGAAGUUUGGUUGAGUUGAGUGAGAUUGGUUCUUUUCUUGUUUGUGUGAAACAACUCUGUUCAAUUACUUUGUAUUAUUGUUGUAAAUAAUGUUAUUGAUUUAGUGUGUUUAUCAAUUAUUAAACUAUCAAAAUGAAGCCGCUGAUUGAUUUUGAUGAAUGCCUCAGGGAUUCUCCCAAAUUUAGGGAACAGCUGGAGACUGAGGAAUCAAGCAUAGAUUCGUUGGAACAAAAGCUGGAUAAAGUUUUAAAAGCAUGUUCUGUAAUGAUAGAAUCUGGUAAAACGUACAUGAGUCAUAGAGGAACAUUCACAAAUGCACUGUGGGACUUAAGUGGAAGCUUUUCAGAAGAUCCAGCAGUGAUGGCAACCUUGAACCGCAUGAUACAUGCCUUGCAAGAGAUGAAUAAAUUCCAUUCCAUAUUGUUGGAUCAAGCAUCACGCACUGUACUCAAGAAUCUCACCGCUUUCAUCAGAGUGGACAUUAAAGGUGUUAAGGAGAGUAAACAUCACUUCGAUAAAAUUUCAAAUGAUCUGGAUAUAGCUUUAACUAGAAAUUCACAGGUGUCCCGCAACAAAGCCGGCGAUGUGGAAGAGAUAGUCAACCUACUGGUGGCCACUCGCUCCUGCUUCCGACACACGGCGUUAGACCAUGUUCACAAGAUCACCAUGCUGCAAGCUAGGAAACGACAUGAAGUACUCGCGACGUUCCUCUCGUACCUUCAAGCGUGCUGCACUUACUACCACCAAGGGGCCGACCUAUCCGAAGAUUUGGAGCCCUUCCUCAGGACAACUGCUGACGAAGUUUCAACAAUGCGUAACGACACCAAAGCACUUGAUAAAGAGAUGGAGAAUCGGCAUACUAUUGUCAACAGUAAAGACACGGUAUUGCCAAGUUGUAAAGGAAACCAAGCUGACGGCGAUUGCAAAGACGGAUCUCUGGGAAGUCCGUGUCUUCAAAACUUGCCAAGGAUGCAAGGUUACUUGUUUAAACGGACAUCUAAUGCGUUCAAGACGUGGAACAGAAGGUGGUUCUAUUUGUAUGAUAAUAGACUCGUUUAUAGCAUCCCGGCUCGCAAGCAGACGAACCAUAUACGCAAAAAACGAACUGGCGAGUUGAACGUUACUUCCAUGGAAGACGACUUGAGACUGUGUACGGUCAAGCCUGUGCUUGAUGGUGAAAGGCGGUUCUGCUUUGAAGUGUUAUCGCCGUCAAAGAGCCACAUGCUCCAAGCAGACUCCGAAGAAAUGCUAAACGCUUGGAUCACGGCGCUUCAGAACGGGAUAAGGUCGGCGAUACAACAAGGCCAGAGUCGGGACAACAGCGAGUCGCAACUGGUUCUAGUGGCGGAGGACAACAGGAGCGAACACGAUAGCGUGCCCAAUGUGCGCAUGAAGAAAGUUAGGAUAUGGGAGCAACUACUGAAUAUUCCUGGCAACAACAAUUGUUGCGACUGCGGCAGCCCUAACCCGCGUUGGGCGAGCAUCAAUCUUGGAAUCACACUGUGUAUUGAAUGUUCCGGCAUCCACCGGUCUUUAGGAGUCCACGUCAGUAAAGUGAGAUCCCUCACGUUAGACGAUUGGGAACCGGAUAUAAUUAAGGUAAUGGCGGAAUUAGGUAAUAAGUUGGUAAACUUGAUAUACGAGGCUAACACAGAGGGCACCACCAUCACACGGGCUACACCCGACUGUGAAACGUCAGUACGCGAGGCGUGGAUCCGUGCAAAGUACGUGAAGUUGUUGUUCGUGCGUAACAUUAUAGACGUGGGCGUACAAAACGACGCCGCGUCCCCGCUGCGCAACACGCGGCGGUGGUCCGUACGCAGAGCCAGACGCAGAGUUCGUGCCCCACCCGCGGUGCCGGAAACCAUUAAUGAUGAGAAAAGUGACGUCAACAGCAACACUAGCGUUUCGGAAAGUUCUAGCAAAUCGGAGCCAGACAGUCCUAUUCUGGUGAUCGGCAAGGAGUUGUCAGCUGAACGCGGCAUCGAUCUCAGUUUGCCGUCCGACCAUGAAUCUACUGAGGGGGAGGACGCAGAUGAUCUAGGCCCAGAAGACAUAAGCGGGCUGUCCCCGCAGUCGGUGCUGUGCCGCGCGGCGCGCGCGCACAACGUGUGCGUGAUGCGCGCCGCGCUGGCCGCGCGCGCCGACCCCAACCUGCCGCUCGCGCGCCGCGCCGCGCCGCUGCACCACGCCGUGCUCAGCGGUUCAGUGAUGGCCUGCUCGUUCUUGCUAUUGAACGGAAGUAAACUGAAUAUGCAAGAUGAAGACGGGAAAACUCCUUUACAUUUAGCCACAGAAGCCGGACAUACGGGACAGGUGUGUCUAUUGCUUCGGUACCGCGCGGACCAAUCAAUCGUUGACAAUGAGGGACAAACGCCGCUCGACAUCGCAGUCAAAAACGCCAACGCCGACAUAGUUACACUUUUGCGGCUAACAAAACUGAACGAAGAGAUGCGUGAAAGCGAGAUGUCCUCCAACGACGACACGUACAACGAAGUUUUCAGAGACUACACCCAACUAGCUCACUCGCACCCAGAGAGACUGAUGCGGAGAAAUAAUAACAACACGGGCGAACAGGCGAGCGACUGACGAAGCCUUAACAACGCAAGACGACGCUGGCUGUGGUAACCCGACGACUGUGUGACAUCGACUGAAACCUUAUUACUAUUAAAUACAAAAGAUAACUGCAUUUUUCGUAA